GUCCAUAUCUUGAGUGACUGACCCUUGCUGCUGAUUGGCCACAUCUCCCUCAUGCCGCUUGGACUAGGCCGUCGGAAGAAGGCCCCACCACUGGUGGAGAAUGAAGAAGCUGAGCCCAUUCGCAGUGGCCUGGGUGGGGUGGGGGUGGGCAGUGCGGGAGGGGUGGCAGCACUUCAGCCCGGCCUUCCUCCCCCCCCAGCCAGCCUCCGUCCUCGCCUGGUGUUCCACACCCAGCUUGCCCACGGAAGCCCCACUGGACGGAUUGAGGGCUUCACCAAUGUCAAGGAACUGUACAACAAGAUUGCGGAGGCCUUUAAAAUCUCAUCAGUUGAGGUGAUGUUCUGUACCUUAAAUACCCACAAAGUGGAUAUGGACAAGUUGUUGGGUGGCCAGAUUGGCCUCGAGGAUUUCAUCUUUGCCCACACAAAGGGUCAGAGGAAGGAAGUCGAGGUGUUCAAAUCUGAGGAGGCCCUGGGCUUGACCAUCACAGACAAUGGUGCUGGCUAUGCUUUCAUCAAGAGAAUCAAGGAAGGGAGUGUUAUUGACCGGAUCCAAGUCAUCAAUGUGGGGGACAUGAUUGAAUCCAUCAAUGGUCAGAGCCUUAUCGGCUGCCGGCAUUAUGAGGUCGCCAAAAUGCUCAAGGAUUUGCCCAAAGGCCGUACUUUCACACUGAAGCUUACGGAGCCCCGGAAGGCUUUUGAUAUGAUCAGUCAGAGGUCUGCAGGAGGCAAACACAGUGGAAGCGCUCAGCUUGGCACAGGAAGGGGCACUCUGCGGCUACGGGCCAAGGGACCAGCCACUGUGGAGGAACAGCCAUCGGCAUUUGAGGAAAAGGCCAUUGAGAAAGUUGAUGAUCUUCUGGAGAGCUACAUGGGCAUUCGUGAUACGGAGCUGGCUGCUACCAUGGUGGAGCUGGGCAAGGACAAGCAGAAUCCGGAUGAAUUUGCUGAAGCCCUGGAUGAGCAGCUGGGUGACUUUGCCUUUCCCGACGAGUUUGUCUUUGAUGUCUGGGGAGCCAUUGGCGACGCCAAGGUUGGGCGCUACUAGGACUCUUGUGCUCUGCUGGACCCUGCAGGCAGGACCAUAGGGCGGGCUGCUGGUAGGCAGGCCUGGCACAUCCCAGCAUCCUCCCCUCAAUACUGGGCCACCCACCUCUUCUCCGUCGGGGCUGGAGAAGUCCUAGAGCAAUAAGUGACUGGAGUGUAAUGUGAACAAGGGGCAGAAUCGCUGCUGCUGCUGCUUCCUCCCACUUUUCUCGGCACAGAGAGUCCCUCAGACCUGAGUGCAGCCAGCCAGAAGCCCAUACUGUCAGUUCCUUUGUCCAGUCCAAGGGCCGCCACCCGGCUCCCACAGUUUGCUCCUUUUGGGGAGGUGCAGCUGCUCCUAGAUGAUUUCUGAGCCUCGCCUUGCAAGAGGGAGAGC